CUCUAUCCGGGUCUCAGUAGCUGCAGGAGGGCGUCGCUUGGAUCCAUGGCUGGGGUCAGGGUUGAGCUGUUGGUGCUGGUGGUACUGACUGGGAAUCUGCUGCUGGUUCCAGCUCAGGAAUGGGAGAUAAUCGACGACACUCCGCAGCCUUUUAAUUCGCAUGAGACAGUGCAAUGGAUUGAGCCUGAAACUGUAACAUCGGCCCUUACUUUGACAGAUGAUGAUGACAGUGACUUCGACAAUGAAGAUGCAGAUCUUGAGGUUGAGGGUGCCUCCACCAGUGAAACUGUCGACUCUUUUACUGACCAUGGAUUCCAGUUGGAAUUUGACAAUGCCCCUACAGGAAACUGGGACAGCGGUACUGACAGCGACUUCCCAAUGGAAUUUGUAUAUGCCCCCCCAAGGAGCUGGAGUGGCAGCACCUGUCCCAGUUCGUCUGGAUUAGAUGUGGUUUGUAGUGAAGCUGGCUUCCAGAUUACUCUGCUGACAGGUUCACUGAGUGAUGUUAAAGUUUUGGGCUCAAAGGAUCUGCUGUCAGUCACGAAUGCUCCAGAGUCUUGUGGUUAUCAACUGGACUCUUUCAAGAACACCUUGACUGUACCCUUCACUGGGUGCAAUGUCAAACAUAGUAAUGGCUACAGCCUCCAGUUGUUGUUUGCCGAUGCGUUCGGUCAAACACAAGUUGCUACUGCAUCUUGUGAGGAAAAUUUCAAUUUAAAAUCUGGACUGUUCCCUCGCUCCAGUGGCCAACCCAAAUCGUCAAAGUGUGGCAACACAAAUCCUACACCAACAAAGGCAACAAAUUGUGCCGUCACCUCAGCAGAGCGGGUGACUUGUGGUUAUUCAGGAAUAUCGUCUGCUGAGUGUGAAAAGAUGGGAUGCUGUUCAGAUUCUUCUUCCUGUUACUACCCACUGGAUGAGUGCACUGGAGAUCAGCAUUUUGUUUUUGCCAUUCGCUCCAACUCUGCAUCCAUCCCUGUGGACCCCACCAAGCUUGUGAUUCCUGGGCAUCCAAACUGCAAACCAAUCAUUGUUAAUGACAAGGUCGCCAUCUUCAAGUUCAAAGUUACAGAAUGUGGAGCUCGUUAUUAUGAUGUUAAGGGGACAAAGGUCUACAUGGCUGAGGUGCAGAGUGUUGUGAAAGCCCUAAAUCUUAAGUAUGGUGUAAUUACAAGAACCGAUCCGCUCAGGUUCAUGAUUGAAUGCCGCUAUGGUAAAUCAGGGGAGCCAGCCAAGCAGUCAAUGGCCAGUGUUGGCUACAUGGUCAAGACCCCGAGUUCCACCUUGCCAUCAUCGGUCGUCUCCAAUGGAUUAUAUGGUGUUUCACUGAGAAUUGCUAAAGAUCAGACUUAUUCAAGCUACUUGCCAACUUACCAUCAGCCUUUGCGACAGCUCCUCGGCAAGCCAGUGCAUCUUGAACUGCGCCUCAAGUCUCCAAAACCAGAUGCAGUAAUUCUUGUCAACUACUGUCUGGCUUACCCGCGCUCUGCUAAGAAUGCUCUGGUGCUCAUUUAUGAAGGGUGUGCUAAUCCUUAUGAUCAAACUGUGGCUAUCCUGAAAAACACUGGCAAUCCAAAAAAUCGCUACAUAAGGCGCUUCACAGUGAAUGCCUUCCAGUUCAUGGAUCAGAAGACGAACAAGUACCUUGAUGAAGAGAUCUAUUUCAUGUGCUCCACUGAAGUUUGUAGGCCAACAGAAAAGACUUGUGCCGAGCGUUGCUUUGAUGGAAAGUCAUAAGGAUUUGCAGCUGGAGACAUCAAGUAAAAUGGAUAAUUGACUGAAAAAAUAAAUGGAAUAUUUUAUACAGUAA